UGAUGGUUGAACGCAACUUUUUGUGUAGGACCGCAGAAGUAUGCCGUGAUCAUUACUACAAGGGCAUCAACUUCCUACAAACUUCGGAUCGGAAUAAGUAUAAAGGAUGCUUGCUGCCAGCGGUACUUGCGUUCAUCACCCUCUCAUUAUGAUUGGAAUCUACAUCAUUGUCGCAAUCGUCUGUGCAAUCGUUACAGAAGGAUGGCGUACAACACGAAAGAAGGCCAAUGGUAUGGCACUCCCACCCGGACCGCGCUUGCUACCUUUCGUGGGCAAUGUCCUCGAUAUUGAUCUAGAUCGUCCAUGGCUAACUUAUGUUAAGUGGGGAAAGCAAUAUGGCGAUAUUGUAUACGCACGCCUUUUUAGCCAGCACUUCAUCAUUAUUAACUCCGAGAAAAUUGCCAGGGCCAUUGUAGACAAACGCUCGGCAAUAUAUUCUGAUCGCCCUGUCGUCCCUACAAACGAGUAUUUUGGAUUGUCAUUUAACACUGGGUUCAUGCCAUAUGGUGAUACAUUCCGCAUCCACCGCAAACUUUAUCAUCAGGUACUGCGUAUCGAAGCAUCCAAUUCGUACCAGGAUCUGUAUCUCCGCAAGGCUCACGAGCUCGUUGUUAAUCUUUUGGAUGCCCCCAAGGAUAUGGAACAACACCUCACUACAUUUGCGGCGUCUCUCAUUUUGGCAGUCACGUAUGGAUACGAGACCAAGCCAAGGGAUGAUCCCUUCGUAACUUCCGCUCAGAGGGUCAUCGAGAUCGCUAAUCAAGUUCUAUCUCCUGAAAGAGCAGCCAUGCAAAUGUUUUUCCCUUUUCUGAUUUGGCUCCCGUCUUUUGUGCCAGGGGGGGAGUACAAGAAACGGGCCCCGGAAUGUCGUAGAUUGAUCAAGGAUAUCAUGGAUACACCCUUCAAAUAUGUGAAAAAGCAAUUGGCAGAAAAUGUAGCUCGUCCGUCUAUGGUUUCAGACUUCCUGAGCCAGGGGGACACAAGUCAAGUUCGUGCACAUGAACAGUUGAUGAAGGAGGUUGCCGUGACUGCAUACUCUGCCGGGUCUGAGACAACCUCGUCAACCAUACACUCAUUCAUACUGGCAAUGCUUCUUUACCCGGAUGUCCAGACUCGCGCUAGAGCAGCAAUCGACGCAGUGUGCGGACGCAACAAAAUUCCAACUUUCCAGGACAAGAAGUCAUUGCCUUACAUUGAAGCGAUCUGUCGUGAAAUUCUUAGAUGGGAGCCUAUUGUACCUCUCGGCGUUCCGCAUAAAACUUUACGCGAUGAUAUUUAUGAUGGGUUCUUCAUUCCCAAAGGUUCCGUCGUGAUAUUGAAUGCAUGGGCCAUGGGUCACGAUGAAGAAAUAUACCCCAAUCCAUCGCAUUUUGAUCCUGAUCGUCAUUUUACUGCAGACGGAACGUUGAAAGAUGAACCAGCGUACACGCAUUUCAGCUUUGGUUUCGGAAGAAGGAUUUGCCCAGGCCGUUUCUUCGCAGAAAACUCCAUAUGGGCGUCUGUCGUGUCGAUUCUAUCAACUAUCGAGAUCACAAAAGCACAAGACAAGGAUGGCAAGGACAUUGACGUUAAGCCCCAAUUCAUAACUGGCCUUUCAAUCCAUCCCGAACACUUCCCAUGCUCCAUACGGAGUGUAUCUUCAGCUAGGGAAGAGCAGGUGCGAACGAUGUGGAAGGCUGACACAACUGGCCAGUGAGUGAAUGCUGUCUUGAAAAGGCUGAGCUGUGAAAUUACGGAGGGUGUGCAGCCGUUUCCUGUAGUUGGCUUGUUUACAAGAAUUCAUGUCCGCAUUGCACAACUGG